UAGGCCGGUAUGGGAUAUCCUCGCUUGUCAUUUCCCACACAAGACAACAGCAAAUACUCCGCGAGCCCAUAUCUUCAAUCAGAGGCCAAUGGAGGUCCUCAGAGAUGCGGCAUUAGAAGACAAAGCAUUGAGUGUAGCCACUUCGGGCGAAUACAUGAUGCAUACGACCUGGCAAUGUUCGCUUGCAGGGGAAGAAAUCGCUCGGUUGUACUCCUGGGGAAAUGACCACCAGCAAAAAGGAGAUUAUCAAAGGGCAAGCCCUUGCUCGAUGACUGAUGUACCUCAAAGCGUCCUAGAGCCCAUCUUGGUGGAAGCAGCAACCGAAUCAGGUGCCGAGUUCCGGUUCAAUACUGAAUUUGUGGCUCAAGAGCCCAUCGACGGUGGGCGAAUCAGAGCAACUGUGCGCAAUCGAGCUUCCGGUGACAAGUUUCAUGUUCUUUCUCGAUAUCUUCUUGGUUGCGACGGAGCGAGAAGUGCCGUUUUUGCCAGUACCGGCAUCCCUAUCAUUGGAAAGCAACUCAACAAUGCUUUCAACGUCCACAUCGAAUCAGAUCUCUCCAACUACUUCAAAGCUCGUCCCGGCGGCUUGAGUUAG